AUGGCUGAAGAAACGAAACUUGGCAAUUCAGUGUCUGAGGAAAAUGACGAUGAAGUUAGCUUUGAUAAGCCGGCACCACCAACGGAACACGGAGAAAACCUGAAGGCUUUGGUUAAACAGCUGAUCAAAGAACGCCAAUAUGAAGGUGUUGCACUGCUAUUUACCACAGCUAAUGAGGCACCCAGAAAUGUGGCCUUGUUGCGAGAAAUUUCCAUCGAUUUAUACAAUGAGGUGUGUAAAGAUUAUCUGACGGAGGAAGUGUAUCAGCAGGAUCCCGAGCUGUUUGUGUGUGCCGAGGAAUUGUUGAAAACAAUGGCAGCCAAUGCUCCACCAGAAUCGCUGUUAUUGGAAUUACUGGAACUGGUGGAGGAGAAUAUGUUUGAGCGGGUCUUCAAUUCGGCCUUGCGUGCAAUGCAAGUGGUUUUGCUACGGCUUGGUGAUCGUAAAUCAAUGUCAUUGCAAUGGGCUCUCCAAUCGAUUUGGACUCGUUUGGCCAUGUUACCCGAACCAGAAUACUUAUAUGUUGGCUAUGAUGAAAAGGAAAAACAUUUACUCGAGCAGGAUGAAGAUGUACAAAACAUUCUAAUGCACUACAUCACCUUGGAUUUAUUUUAUCAGCCCCUAAUUGCCGAUAUCUGUUCCAAGCCUCGUCUUGAAAAUGAGAUAUUUCGUAAUUGCCAAGCCACCAACAAUAGACGUAAUAUAAUGUGUUGCUUUCUGAUCGAUGUCAUGGGUAAUCCCUUCUCUCUGCUCGAUUUAAGCAAUCAAGUGGAGAGCAAGACGAACACCUAUUCGCUGCAAUGUGCCCGUUCCCUGGUACAGGGUGUUAUUAAAUGUGUUCCCGAUCCUUACUUUUUCCUCUCCUUUGUAGAGACAAAGGCGCGGUGGAAAUUAAAUGCUAAGGAGCAUGAUGGACUCAUUGAAAAUAAGAAAGGGAAUAUAUUUCUCAGCGAAGAUGAAAUGCCUCUGGAAAAUUUGGCCAUUUUCUAUUAUUUAGUUAUUGCCGAGGGAAUUGGUGCCGCACAUGUACCUCGAGUCUACAAUCCCAUGUAUGUCUGUGAAAUGAGCAUUUAUUUGGCCCAAGAAUUGCUCAAGGAAAAAUUCCCUGCCUUACACGAUAAAGCCCUGAAGCUGGUGGAGAAAUCGCUCCAAAACUUGGCUAAUAGAAAAAUACCUUCCUCUGAUUUAGAUUUGGAAAUCCACAAAGUAUUUUGUAAGUCGCUAUGCCAUUUAGUGGGCUUUUCAUCACAGACCCAUAUUCGACAAAAUGGCAUUAAGGUGCUACACCAAUAUAUCCUGUCAUUCGAUGAUGAGGGAAAAUAUUUGAUUUUAAAAAAUCUAAUGGCCACUGUCAAUCAUCAAGGUCUGUGUGGUUAUUUGGGUACCAUGUACAAGGACUUGGUUGCCGAAGCAUUGAAAGCAUCAUCACCCCUACCCACAUCAUUUGCUGGACAAGAUUUUCGUACGAUAUUUCUGCAGAACAUAUGUAAACUGCCCCAGGGUGUUGAAACAGAUUUAAUUGAAAAUUCCGAUAAAAUUAUUUCCACUCUGAAUGCGCUGCGUUUCUUUGCAUUGAAAGAUGCUGAAAAUCGUACUGGUUUUUGGUCAUUCGCAAAGGAUAUUGAAGAUAACUAUUUGAUACCAUUGCGUAAGGGUUUAAAUUUAUCCGAAGCCCACUACAAGGGGGAAUUGAAAAAGGUCCAGGAAGGACGUGAUACACCCAUCGAUAUGGAACAAUUGAAAAUGCUCGAUGUUGCUGUGGAAAAUGAUAGCACUGGUGCUGGUCUGGAUUUGCAGCUGAGUCGUGACAAAAAGAUCGAAUUGCUCAAUCAAAACCUGUGUACAUUCGAUUUGAUACGAAGUUUGUUGGGGCGGGUUUGUGAGUGUUUUGAUAAUGCUCCCAAGGAUGGAAAGACUACUACUACUAAUGAUGCUUCAAAUACGUAA